AUGAGUUCCGAGGCAGCUGAACUGGAGAUGCACUUGGUCCAGGAUGCCCAGCUGACCGAGAUCAUGCGGAUCCGCGGGAAGAGCCUCCAGCAGAAGAACGAAAAACCUCAAGACGGCGAGAAGCUCCUCCAGGACCACGAGUUUGUCUUCCGACUGGACUUCUCGCGUCAGCACGGUCUCCGUUUCCUACGCUGGAAAGUGGUCCUGGAUCGGCCGGGCCAGGCCACCAUCAUCGGGACGUCUCAACACUGGACACCGGACUUGACCCACCUCAUGCGAAGGCAGCUCUUGGAACCGGUGGGGGUGUUUUGGAAGACGCCGGAGGCGCCCGAUGUGAUAGAGUGCAACGAAGCCGAUGCGCUGGAGUUUGGAGAGAGGUUGGUGGAGCUGGCCAAAAUCCGGAAGGCGAUGUAUUUCCUAAUAGCCUUCGCCGACGGUCUUGAGCCGACUCACCUGAAAUGCUCCGUGAUCUUCAGAAUCUGA